AUGUACGAGUCUACUACCUCGCUGGAUCUACACCGCUUGAGCCGGCAUAGUCUCCAAGAACGAUAUGAAUCGGACGAAGAGGCUGUGUCCGAGUCUGAUACCGGAGCCCAGGAUCUACUUUCCUCGCCGAUGGGCUCUCCGAUUAAAUCCCAACGAGCUGUCAUCUUCGAUUCAGACCUAAGUGCCGACGAUGCCUCUCACAUGGACCCUGAUUCGGACCGUGAAGAACAUUUGCUGGCACCACCGGCAGUCAAACGGCCACGGCCUGUGUCUACGGAUACUAUCAAGAGGACGAGCAACGCUGCCUUCGAUGACGACGACGCCUAUGUGUUUGACCCGGAGGAGCAGUUGGUGUUUGAGCUACCAUUGCCAGACUCUCCUCCCCAACUGGCGUCCAGUAUAUUCUUGCAGCCAUCGGUAUACAUUUCGCCGAAGCCCAAGCCAACCGUCAGAUCUCGAUCUACUUCACCUUCCUCGAUAUUCUCAGUCGAGGAGGCAGACAUCCAAGUUGCAAAGAAGGUCACUUUCAUGGAACCCCAGACACGGCCUACAGUGGUCCUGAUCAACGCCCUGGGAAAAAGACCAAGCUCAAGAUCCCGCUCAAACCAUUCUCGCUCUCGCGAAAGCAGCCGCAGCCGUCCUCCUCUCGCCAGAGCCGAAAACAGGCUAGCACCACCACGCUCCUCGGAGCACAUCUCCAAACGUCACUCCCGCAGAGAGACAACUCCAAAGCCAGCAUCACUAAAGCAAUCACCAAUCCCAGUCCCAGCCCCAGACGACUCCGAUGAAAGAAUAGCCCCCAGCGCAACAAUCAACCGCGUCUCCGAAGUCCCCCUAGUCCCAUACUUUCCAGCACCACCACGCACUAUCCCAACAAACACCAAAACAACUGAAUACCAAUACACUCCACGCCCCCGUACCGCAGGCGCAGACAGAACAAUGCCACCACCACUUCACAUUCGCCCCCGCAGACCAACAGAAACAGCCAGACCAGCCUCAAUCCGCAGCAACAGCAGCACCACCAUCCAAACCUACACCUCCUGCCCAGCCUCCCCCUACCCAGACGACCAAAACCCAACCACCCACCCCCUCUCGCGGGUUAACAGCUCAAUGUCAAUGGUCUCAUCUCCCUACUCUCCUCCACAGUCUAUCUCCUCGAAACGAACACACGGUUCGUCAUCGUCAUCCUACAGCGUCUCUAAUAUUCUCGCACACCGCUCUCCGCUGAUGAUGCGCCGUAUGACGAGGAAGCAUUCGUCGUCGAGUGUUCAUUCUAUGAGUUCGUUGCGCUCUGAAAUUGAUCCUGUUGGGCCUUCUUCUUCGCAGAUUUCUGUUGCUACGCAGCCCCUUAUGGGUUCGGGUUCGAUGGUUGAUUCGAACUCGAACUCGAAUGCGAAUGCGAAAGUUGUGCGCAAGUCUAGUCAGCGCAAACAUGCGAGACAUGCUAGUGUUCUUCCUAGUGCGCGCGGGUUUAUGGGUUUGAAGCUUGGGAAGAGGUUGCAUAACAAGGCCUAA